ACCACAUUCACCUCCUCUACUCCUCAUCCUCAUCUUCUCCUGCUUCUCUCCUGUCCAUACCAUUGCACCGCCGCGACAUUUGUUCAGUAACGCUCCUCGGAUUGUGCAAGCCAAGCACCCUUGAACUCUGCGGGAACCUCACACAGCGACGACAUCACGACACGCAAACAUGGCAUCCGCUCUCAAGGAUGCGCUUCCAGCGCGCCUGAAGCCCUCCAAUGGCGAGGCUGAGGGCCGUCACCACGGCAAAUCUCAGUCCCACGUGGCUUUCGAGAACACCUCCACAUCCGUCGCUGCGUCUCAGAUGCGCAACGCUCUCAACAACCUGACAGACACGGUCAAGGACCCAAAGGAGAAGAAGCGUUUCGAGACCGAGAUGGACAACUUCUUUGCUCUCUUCCGCCGCUACUUGAACGACAAGGCGAAGAGCAACGAGAUCGACUGGGCCCGCAUCGCUCCACCAAAGCCAGAGCAGGUCGUCGACUACAACAGCUUGGGCAACUCGGAAUCUGUUGAGUUCCUCAACAAGCUCGCCGUGCUCAAGCUCAACGGCGGUCUCGGUACUUCUAUGGGCUGCGUUGGUCCAAAGUCCGUCAUUGAGGUCCGCGAUGGCAUGUCAUUCCUCGACCUUUCAGUCCGCCAGAUUGAAUACCUCAACCGCACAUACGACGUUAACGUCCCGUUUGUGCUGAUGAACUCAUUCAACACUGACGCGGACACGGCUUCUAUCAUCAAGAAGUACGAGGGCCACAACAUCGACAUCAUGACGUUCAACCAGUCCCGAUACCCCCGUGUGCUCAAGGAUUCCCUCCUCCCAGCACCAAAGUCUGCCGACUCCAAGAUCUCCGACUGGUACCCACCAGGACACGGUGACGUGUUCGAGUCGCUCUACAACUCGGGCAUUCUCGACAAGCUCAUCGAGCGCGGCAUCGAGAUCCUCUUCCUGUCUAACGCUGACAACCUGGGCGCUGUCGUCGACCUGAACAUCCUGCAACACAUGGUGGAGUCGAAGGCUGAGUACAUUAUGGAGUUGACAGACAAGACCAAGGCCGAUGUCAAGGGUGGUACCAUUAUCGACUAUGAGGGCCAGGCUCGUCUGCUGGAAAUCGCGCAGGUGCCCAAGCAGUAUGUGAACGAGUUCAAGAGCAUCAAGAAGUUCAAGUACUUCAACACCAACAACAUCUGGAUGAACUUGCGAGCGGUUAAGCGCAUCGUGGAGAACAACGAGUUGGAGAUGGAGAUCAUCCCCAACGGCAAGAGCAUUCCCGCAGAUAACAAGGGCGAGGCCGAUCUGAGUAUCAUUCAGCUCGAAACCGCUGUUGGUGCUGCCAUCAAGCAUUUCCACAAUGCUCACGGUGUCAACGUGCCACGCCGUCGCUUCUUGCCCGUGAAGACGUGCUCAGACCUGAUGCUCGUCAAGUCGGAUCUGUACACACUCAAGCACGGCCAGCUCGUAAUGGACCCGAACCGCUUCGGACCAGCUCCGCUCAUCAAGCUCGGUGGUGACUUCAAGAAGGUGUCCAACUUCCAGUCGCGCAUUCCGUCGAUUCCCAAGAUUCUCGAGCUGGACCACCUCACCAUCACCGGCGCUGUCAACCUUGGCCGCGGAGUCGUGCUCAAGGGCACGGUCAUCAUUGUGGCGACAGAGGGCAGCACCAUCGACGUGCCACCAGGCUCCAUUCUGGAGAACGUGGUGGUGCAGGGAAGCUUGAGGCUGCUCGAGCACUAGAGUGGUUCUGCGAGGCGGCUUCAGGCUGCAACUGCUUAGCACCUCUGUUCAGCACGGCCAUGCUGGACCAAUUCAGUGACACGCGGGAUGUAAUUACUACUACUACAGCGAAAGGAAAAGGUCGAAUCAGUCGAUCUGACAGCGACGACAAGCGUAUUGCAUGAGAUACCAUCGGAGGUGUACUCCCAGCGCAUGACGGAAUGAAGAUGAUAAAUUUUGUUCAAGU